GAUACACACAUUAUUGGUGUGAUUAUUUGUUUAAGUUAGAUUAUUCGAGCUAAAAAUCUGGCCCAUUUUGUGAUUCUCCAUAGUUGCGGAGCUCAACACUCCAACUCUCCUCUGUUUCUCUCUCUCUCUCUCUCUGUCUCUUUACACGGAUUAAGCAUUCAAGAGUUGUUCCAAAGCGAUUGAUGGGCAUGUCUCGACCCUUUUUGUUCAUUCAAAUCAGUAGUUCAAUUCAGAUAUUUUUUGCUAUUACAAAGAUCAACUUGUGUCCCUAUUCUUGUUUUUCUCCUCAAUUCUGCAGUCUCACACUAGGAGAGCUGUAACUGCAGUUACUACACAAAGUACUGUUCUUGUAUGGCAAAAGCACUCAAUCAUUGCUUACCAAUAUUUAAUAGAGCAGUCUCCUGUUAUUCUGUCUUUUUUCAUCCACAAGUUUCUGAAAAAUCUAUGAGCUUUCUUUGAUAAAGUCAAAAUCUUUUCCUGGUAUCUGUGUUGCUGUGUGGCUUUUGUGGUUUUAUGGGUUGGAACUGUAAAAUCUUGAGUUAAUUGAGGUUUUGAGAAGCUGAAAGUGACACAUGGGCUUGGGAUUACUUGUUGCUCAUAAAGAUUCAAACUUUGAGGGGAAAUUGCUGAAUUUGAUAUGGAACCACAACUGGGAUUCAUUGAAAAGUCGUUUGAUUUGAGAUACUCAGAUUUGGUGAGGGAAGCUCUAGAUGAAUUGCCUGAUUGUUUUACCAUAACUGAUCCUUGUAUUUGUGGGCACCCUAUUGUCUUUGCUUCAAAAGGGUUCUUGAAAAUGGUGGGUUAUUCCAAAGAUGAAGUGAUUGGGAGGAACGGAAGGAUAUUUCAGGGGCCUGAAACUGAUAGAAGAUCGGUUAUGGAAAUUCGCGAGGCGAUUAGGGAGGAGAAGGCUAUAGAGAUCAGUUUGUUGAAUUAUAGGAAAGAUGGGACACCAUUUUGGAUGUUGUUUCAAAUGUGUCCUGUUUUCAGUAAGGAGGAUGGUAGGGUGAUUAACUUUGUGGGAGUUCAAGUGCCUAUUUUGAGGAAGCUGAGGCUCUCCGGAAAUGGGAUUGUGAGGAGUGAGAUGAGUUUGCGCGAAGCUGGAAACGGAGCUCGGGAGAUUCUGUUCAGGUGUUGUAGGAGUGAAGUUUGCUCGGAUUCAAUUUUGGAAUUAGGACAUGCGUCGUGUCUGGAAUCAGUAUCAAGUAAUGAUGAUAGAGAAUUUGAUAUUAAUGAGCCUUGCGAAGCAAGUGAGCUGGAGAAGACAAAAGCCAGCACUGCAAUUAGUAACAUUUUGUCCGUGCUUACACACUACAGUGAGCUGACAGGCAAAUUGGUAUGCAGAAAAAGAUAUUGCUUAUCUGGGAACAGACAGCUUGGUGCCUCCUUAAAUAUAUGUCUUGGUAGAAUCAAACAAAGCUUUGUAUUAACUGACGCACUCUUACCUGACAUGCCUAUAGUUUAUGCAAGCGAGGGAUUCCUUAAACUGACAGGCUAUUCUAGGCAUGAAGUACUGGGGAGAAAUUGCCGAUUUUUGAGUGGGACUGAUACAGAUCCGACAGCUCAAUUUCAGAUGAAGGAAUGUAUUCAAUACCAGCAAGCUUGUACAGUACGUAUCCUAAAUUACAGAAAAGAUAGGACUUCAUUUUGGAAUUUUCUUCACAUCUCCCCAGUGCGGAACGCUUCAGGAAAGGUGGCAUUCUUUGUCGGAAUACAGAUAGAUGAUCAUUGUAAGAAUCAUGAGACAAACAGUUUGAGUCCUGAGAUGCAGCAACUUAGUGUUGUUGGCGCUGUCAAAGUUGCCGUGAGAAGCUUGUCGAUGGGUGCCAGUACCUCCUAGUCGGUAAACAUUAUUUGUUCACCUUGCCAUGUGUAUUAUGCUGUGUAGUCCGUUUUGGUUGCGCGAUCCCUCCUGCAGUAGAUGUAAAGGAGAUUCCCAUAGUUAGGUUGCAUUACUGCUGGAUCUUGUUGUUUGUGCUUCAAGACAUCUAAAUCUUCAUUCUGAUGAUAAUAAUGAAAUUUCUGUGAUUUCACUCAA